CCUCAUCCCCUCGCGCCCAAGAUGCUCGUCUCUCUCACAGUCGGUAAGGUUGACGCCGGAGUGGCUGUGCUGCUGACCGAAGACAAACGCCUCAUCGAGUUCCCCUCCAUAUUGCUUCCGCCAGAUAUCUCCUCCGGGUCUAUGGUCGACAUUGAUGUCGGCCGCAACUACAAAGCCGAAGCCGAUGCCCAGAAAGCUUUCCAUGAGCUGCAGUCUGAGAUCUACCGCACCUUUGGUCAGCGCACCCCUUCAGCGCCCGUCCUCAAGUGCCGCAAUGCCACACAAACCUCAGUCGUCCUCGAAUGGGACCCCAUCGACAUCGCGACCGCCGAACUGCGCAGCCUGACGCUCUACCGCAAUGGAAACAAGGCAGGCACAAUACCCAAACCUGGCGACCAGCACAGCACCAAAUUGAGCGGCAUGGCCGUCGACACGGAAUACGAAUUCCAUCUCGUCCUCAAGACUAGCGCCGGCACAUUCAGCAGCGAGAGGCUCAAGGUGCACACACACAAGAUGACAGAUCUGUCAGGCAUCACCAUUACGCCCGGCCACAUGCCUGCAGCGCUUCGCGAAUCUCUGCAGCGAUCGGUCGAGCGAAUCGGUGCCAAGAUUGUCGACACGGUCCGCAUCGACACAACACACUUUAUCUGCACAGAGGGCAGGGGGCCGGCAUGGGAAAAGGCGGUUGAGAACAACAUUCCCGUCGUGGUACCAGACUGGGUCAUAGGGUGCGAGAGAGAGGGAAGAAUCGUCGGUGUCAGGGGCUACUACCUCAACGCCGAUCCACGAUUACGAAGUGUUGGUGCGGGUUCUUCACAGCAGCCAGCUCAGCAGCCAGCACAACCACAACAACAACCGCAACAGCAACAGCCAAGAAGUCCAGUCAUAAGCCCCAGGACCGAGGUCACUCCGCCCACCCCGGAGCAAUCCAGACAAGAGCGUGACACGGACGGUGCAGCACCACCACGCCCUCCGCCCAAAGACGAUGUGAGCGAGAAGAGUGGACGAAGCUCUGUGGAAUCCAAGGGACAUGAGGAGCAAAGGGCCCAAGCAGAAAACUCCAAAUCACAGUCUGAAAAGGUGAAUAAGCAAGACGAAAGCGAACAAGACGACUCGGAGCCUGAGCCAAGCGACGAAAAAGCAGUAGAGGCUAGUCUACCCCAAAGAACAAAACCGGGACAGGCAUCUGUCGAAGAUGACGAUAACGGUGAAAGCUUUCAAGAUGUACAACUUUAGAAUGGCGGGCGGAGGACAUGUCGGUAUAGUCAGUUGGGCGCACACGACCUGGGUUGAGGUUGUCCAGACUUUGCUUCCGGACGGCAACUACCACCUCCAACUGUCUAUACUUCUCCGACUCGUUACGGCCAACAAUAGAGGAU